AUGUGGCGACGCACAUAUCUCACGCUCGUCCUCAUAAGGCUGUGGUUUGCGUUAUCACCCAGUUAUUUACACCCGGACGAGAACUUCCAAGGGCCUGAAGUCAUAGCUGGCCAAAUUUUUAGCUAUCCCGUACGACACACUUGGGAAUUUACAAGCGAGAAUCCUAUCCGAAGUGUUUUCCCACUAUGGCCCGUCUACGGUCUUCCCAUGCUCCUCUUGCGGUGGCUUUGGAUUGGUAACGGCAAAGACGGAGAGAUCCCACCUAUUGCGGUUUUCUGGACUCUGCGCGUGCUCAUGUUUGUCAUUAGCUUUGUUCUUGAAGAUUGGGCUUUGCAUGAGUUGAUCCCGUCACCGAAGCAUCGCCGUGUUGCCGUCCUCCUUGUCGCCUCGUCCUACGUGACCUGGACCUAUCAGACGCACACGUUCUCCAACUCGGUAGAGACACUUGUUGUUGCGUGGAGUCUUGUUCUGAUCCAGCGAGUCGCUGAUCCACGGGUUCGUUCUUGCACACCAUUACCACUGAUAAGACUAUCAGCUGACUUCAACUUCGAUACACAGCAGCGGUCAUGUGUUUUAUCCGCUACAGUGCUUGGAAUAGUUGGAGUAUUCGGUGUAUUCAAUCGAAUCACAUUUCCAGCAUUUCUGGUUGUUCCUGGGCUUCGACUGCUUCCUGUGUUCUGGAAGAGGCCUACAUCUCUCGUAUACUUGACGUUAGCUGCAGCGGUGACAACUGUCAUUGCAAUCGGUCUAGACACCGCAUUUUACCUGCCAGGUCCCAUCACAUGGACCGACCUGAUCCAUAAACCUGUAAUCACCCCUCUUAACAACUUCAAGUACAACUCGGCAACCGAGAAUCUAGCGCAGCAUGGCCUCCAUCCUUGGUACCAGCAUCUGGUGGGGAAUUUGCCGUUGCUGCUGGGCCCAGCUGCAGCUUUGUUGAUAACAAAACCCAAACUGUCAAUCCGACUCUGGUCGGCAGUGUCUGGUUUGGUGGUACUGUCGGCGUUUCAACAUCAGGAGGCGAGAUUCUUGCUACCCACGGUACCACUAUUUCUUUCGUCAAUUCGCAUGCCCCAAAACCAAACAAUACUCUACGUCUUUACAACAGUUUGGAUCGGGUUUAACCUCGUCCUCGGCUCGUUGAUGGGUAUCUACCAUCAAGGAGGUGUGGUGCCGGGUCAAGUCUUCUUGAGUCAGCAACCAGAUGCCACCCAAGCUAUCUGGUGGAAGACAUAUACACCGCCAAUCUGGCUUCUUAAUGGCAAGAAUGAGUUCUUGACCACGCGAGACGUUAUGGGUCUCAAGGGUGAGGUGUUACUUGAACAACUCUACGGACUCGCCACAUGCGACACUCCCGCCGACAGACGAAACCAGGAGUAUCUGAAGGAGAAGAAUGGUACAUAUCUGAUCGCCCCGGCAUCAGCGACAUGGUUAGAUCCCUACCUGCCCAACAAGGGCUUGGAGGGGCUACGAUUUAGAGAGGUAUGGCGUUACAGGAAACACUUGAACCUGGAUGAUCUGGAUUUUGGCGACGACGGCGUUUGGGACACCCUGGCCAGGGUUAUUGGGCGACGGGGCCUCGUCGCCUGGAGAGUAACAAAAAGCUGCCCAAAUUGA